AAUUAAUCAAUAAUUCGUUAAUUUUUUUUUGAUCAAAACAAUAAUUCGUUAAUUAUGUUAAAUUAAUAAUUAGUUAAUUAAUCUAUGGAUUUGGCUAAUCCGUUUACUAGCUAGUCUUCUACAAACUGCCUAGUCCUCUACAAACUGCCUAGUUAUUAAGCUAUUCUGUGAAUUUGGUUGUAAUCAUUACAACUUCUAUAUUUUUAUUUGAACAGAGAACAUUUUGAAAAACGGAGGAUUUGAAGAAGGUCCACUAGUACUACCAGGCUCGACCACGAGAGUAUUGAUCCCACCGUUUAUAGAAGACGAUCACUCUCCUUUACCCGGUUGGAUGGUGGAGUCUCUCAAAGCCGUCAAGUACGUAGACACAGAACACUUCUCAAUCCCGCAAGGUCGCCGAGCCAUUGAGCUAGUGGUGGGCAAAGAGAGCGCCAUCGCUCAAGUGGCUAGGACCAUCAUUGGGAAGACUUACGUCCUUUCGUUUGCCGUUGGAGACGCCAACAACGCUUGCAAAGGAUCAAUGGUGGUUGAGGCUUUUGCGGGAAGAGAUACGCUUAAGGUACCUUACGAGUCUCGUGGCACUGGAGGGUUUAAAGAGCUUCUAUCAGGUUCGUGGCGGUUUCGACAAGAACUAAAGUUAUGUUUUACAGCACUUUCUAUGCCAUGAGGAGCGAUGAUUUCUCCUCUUUGUGUGGACCUGUGAUUGACGAUGUCAAGCUUUUAAGCGUUCGUAAGCGGUAGAUGAAUGGAAUCUUACUACAAGAAA